UGCUCUCAGCUCUGCAGGGGGAGGAGGAGGAGAGCUGGAGAAUGAGAGAGGGAGCGAGAGAGAGAGAGAGAGAGGACGAGGUUGGCUGGAGGAUAGAUUCAGGAGGAAGGAGGGGUUAAGAUAGCAAUGUGCUGAGCCAGUGGCUUUUCCACAGAGCAGCUGGCUGGCAUCAGGACAGGACAGGCCGCUCUGAGGACGGAUACCUUGAGGACGGCUCUCCUCCGCUCGCUGCAGGACGCUAAAGGGUGACUUCCAGGAGGUGUUCAUGGGAUGCACUAUCUACGCAGCCAGCCCUAAGGCCCUGCCCGCCGACGAGGCCCCAGGCCAGGACAGAUACUACCAGCUCCCCCACUACCGCCAUCCUCAUGGUAACUGCAGUCAGAGGAUAGCAGCCAGCAGAGCCAGGGCCAGGAGCAUGACUGAGCAGCAGGAGCAGAGCGAAGAAACAGGCCUGCUCUCAACUCAGGACCUGGACCCCUCCAAGGACGACGACACACACGGCCACUUCAGGUUCCAGCUGAUUGAAGACCUGUCCUAUGAGGAUGUAAAGAAAUGUUACAGGGGCUCGUGUGUGUCUUGCAGCAGCUUGCUCCAGGCCUUGGAUGUGCGCGAGUGUGUGUGCGUGUACGGUGCCAACGUGCUGAGCCUGGUGCAGAGCUCGCGUCCUCUGAGGGAGAGGGUGGUGUCUGCGGCGAGUGGAGCCGGAGUGGCCGGUGGUGGUGGCGGAGUGGCCGGUGGUGCCAGUGGUGCUAGUGCUGUGCAGGCAGGCCGGUCCACCAAGGAGCUGCUCAUGACUCUGCCCUGUCCCUCUGCACAGACUGUCAGCAAGUACAACUCGCAGUACCACAAACUGUUCCAGUGCGUGCCCAAGGAUGAGAUACUCAUGAAAGUGUACUCCUGUGCUCUCCUCAGAGAUAUCCUUCUACAAGGCCGGCUCUACAUUUCCAGAAACUGGCUGUGUUUCUAUGCCAACCUCUUUGGCAAAGACAUCAAGGUGGCUAUCCCUGUUGUCUCUGUGAGGCUGGUGAAGAAGCACAAAACAGCGGGCCUCGUGCCCAAUGGAUUGGCUAUCACCACAGACACCGGCCAGAAGUAUGUAUUUGUAUCUCUGCUAUCAAGAGACAGUGUAUAUGACGUCCUUCGCAGGAUCUGCACACACCUGCAGGUCAAUGGGAAGAGUCUGAGCUUGAAGCAGUUCAUGGAGGAACCGACCUUAUCGUUGGACGAGUUCCCGACUCCUGACGAAUUUCCAGUGGUUGACGAAUUCCCAUCAGUGUUAAAGUGGAGAAGGAAACCCUCAGUGGUGUCUGUGUCUUCCUCCCUUCCUGACCUCCUGGGGAACUCCACCAGCAGCCUGAGUGCCACAGAUGCACCCUUCAAAUCAGAACAGCUGCUUGAAGAGCGAGCACUGCAGACAGACAGAGGUCUUUUAUCAGACCCAGUGGCGGAGCUGGGCCAGAUGGAGUACCAGCUGCUGAAGUUCUUCACCCUGCUUAUUAUUCUCCUCAUCUUGUCAUCGUGCUACUUGGCCUUUCGUGUGUGCAGUCUGGAGCAACAGCUGUCCUUCCUCAGUAACCCAAAUCUACCCCUGAGAGAGAGGUAACCACUGCUCUCUUCUGUGAGCCAUCCAGUUGGCUACUCUUUACUCCUUUCAUGCUUGGAGUUGUUGAUGCCCUCCUGCACUGAUCCAGGACCAGCUUAAAGCCCAGAACAUAUCAACCCUACACCAGCUGCAACAACAUGAAGGAGCAACAUCAACCCCUUGACUCCAGGCAUCUUAACGAACCUUCCCGCUGUGGAAUGAGUUCCUAUUCAGUGAUCACUUCCAGACUAUGCAAAACAGACUAUCUAUUUAUUUUUUAAUAUAAAGUAGCUUUUACUUUACAUAAUGAUUGUCUGCCAUGGCCUGUCCCUCUCAUAGACAUUUCAUCUUUAACCACAUGAUGCUGCAGUGUACAGAGAUCCUGAAGUAGUGAGCAGAUUACAGUUGAUCCUGCUGUUUGUGGCUCUGAUGAAGUUUAGGAGCAGUGAUGGAGACUAGAGGUGAGAUUUGUGUUGGAGGAUGGAAAGGUAAGAGAUAUUUCAGCACAUGAAUUACUUGAAAAGACUGAUAGCAAAGAUAUUUCAGGUGAGUUGAGUUGAUAGCAGUCAUGAUUCAUCAGAUAUAAUACAUGACACAUUCUGACUGACAGCAAGUGGACUAAACCAAAUGUUUUUCUUUCUGGAGAUAUCUUGCCAUAGCCCUCAGUAGGAAGGCUAUAACUAGCUGCGAUGAUGCACUUUUUAAAAUAUGUCCACAUUGUUUCAAAUGUAUAUAACUGUUUUAAGAGUUCAGAUCUAUUUUUUGCAUGUUAAUGAGUAGCCAGUUGUCAUUGUUGAAAGUAUUUAUGGAAGGAAGUCAUGUUAUGACUACAGACUGAUUGAAGUUACCUGUCAUUUAACUGUAAUAUACUGGAGCGAUAACACCAUUUGUGGGUGUUAACUACAAUGUGAAUGAGAUGGUUAGAUGACUUGCAUAAUUUUUGUUUUAAGCUGUAUUAAUGAAAGGAGUACCCAGGGUGUUUUUUUUUUAUUUUAUACAUUUCAGAUGAAGUCACCAAAGACUCAAAAAUUAUGCAUGGAAGUUCUGAGUGUUCAUGAUGUAAUAUCUUUGUCUGGAGAUAUUUUACUAAUUUUGCAGAGAUGGGUGAAAUGUAGUCCUAGACUAGUUUGUGAAAUCCCUAUGAAUUAAAUUGGCAACAAAAAGUAGAUAAACAAAAGAA